AUGGCACGGUGUCAUAGAGCCACUCUAGUGCUGUUGGUCUGCGGCAUCCUAAUGCACUACAGAAUCUACUGCUCGUCUAUAGGACUCAGGUAUCCCAAGAUCAGAACAGAGAGACGUGCGGAGGAGGUGGUAGCUAGCACAUUGAGGGAGAUUCUGGGCCAGCUGACAGCGAGGCAGUAUCUCACUGCACUGAUGAUGAUACCUGUAGGUGAGGAGAGUCGAAUGGAGGAUGAAUCGGAGCCGUUAUCAAAGCGUCACUCAGACGGCAUCUUCACAGACGGCUACAGUCGCUACAGGAAACAUAUGGCUAUGAAGAAGUACCUGGAGGCAGUGUUGGGGAGAAGGUACAGACAGCGAUUUAGGAACAAAGUAUGGAGGCUCACAUAUUUGUAGCGAUUCUAGCCCUCCCUUACCCUGACCCUAAACCUAACUCUGACCCUAACUCUGACCUUAACCCAAACUCUGACCCUAACCCUAACUUUGACCCUAACUCUGACCCCAACUCUGACCCUAACUCUCUGUUAUAUAUACUCAUCUUUCAAACUACAUCCUUAUGAAUGCUAUACUAUAUCUGACCAAAAAGUGGUUUGUGCCUGUGUUCCUUAAACAUAUAUUUAC